CAUAAUAUUACAUUAUUCUUACCUACUACCUUCUUGGUUUCAGUAAUCACUAUUCGCUAUUCCGCAAUCGUCUAAGCUUGAGAAGUUUUCAGUAUUCCUUAUGCUGUCAGCAAUGUGUCAGUGUAUAAUGUGUGAACUAUAAUUGAGCAAUUCUACUGCUGUUGCUUUUUGUCUCAGCUUAUUCUUUGACUGCUAAACCAUAAUACUUGUACAAAGAUUUCUUUAUUUUCACACUACAAUUCAUAAAAUAUAAUAUAAUAUAAUCAACUUUGGCUGUUAUUUGAUUUACUGAAAUGGAAAGACACACUAAGAAAACUAAAAAGAUUGUUGAAGAAGAUGAUACUUAUACAAAUGAUAAAACAAAACCUGAAGUAAAUCAAACAAAAUAUUUACUGUAUAGUAUUUUUGCUAUAACUUUAGUGGUAAUAUAUUCUUAUUACACUAUAUAUAAAUCAGAUUUUGGUGACAAAGUUGUUAAAAAGCAACCAGAAUCAGAACCUGUUUAUGCUGUUAUUAUUGAUGCAGGGAGUACUGGUUCAAGGGUAUUAGCAUUAGCUUUCAAAAAAACACCAAGUGGUUCUUUAGAACUAGAAGAUGAAUUAUUUGUACAAGUUAAACCUGGCUUAUCUAGUUUUGCUGAUAAUCCAAAAAAAGGCGCUGAAUCAAUUGAUCAGUUAUUGGCCAAGGCCAAAAAUUUUGUGCCUAAAAAGUAUUGGAAAAAUACACCACUAGCAAUGAGAGCAACAGCUGGUUUAAGAUUAUUACCAACCGAAAAAGCAGAUGGGAUUCUUAACGAAGUAAUACAAUUAUUUAAAUACAAUCCAUUUUAUACAAAUGAAAAUUCAGUGGCUAUUAUGGAUGGUAUUGACGAGGGUCUUUUUUCAUGGUUUACAGUAAAUUUUCUUCUAGAUCGUUUGAAUGGUAAAUUGACAAAUACAGUAGCAGCUCUUGAUUUAGGUGGUGGAUCUAUACAGAUUACAUUUAUCCCUACUAAUAGCAAACAAAUAAUAAAAGAAUUACCAGAGUUUAUUACAGAGUAUUCAAUAAUGAACGAAAAAGUAAACUUGUAUAGCCACAGCUAUUUAGGGUUGGGAUUAAUGGCAGCACGAAAAAGUGUGUUUACUGUUGAUGGGGACUUGUUAAAUGUUACUAGCCCUUGUGUUCAAGAGGCAGCCAAAGGAACACCUUACAAAUUUGCUCAAAAUACCUACCACGUAACUGGGGCUCCAUCAAAAAAAGGUCCAGCUGUUGAUUACCAACUAUGUAAGAGUAUCAUUGAAGGUGUAGUUAAAACUAUAUAUACUGACAAACCCAAAGAUUUGCUCAACCAAAAAAUAGUAGCAUUUUCAUAUUUUUAUGAUAGAGCUCAAGAUGCUGGUCUCGUCGGCGAAGAAGGAGGUGAUGUUACCAUUAAAUCAUUUUAUGAAGCAGCAGAGAAAGAAUGUUCCAACACAAAUUAUAAUGAACUACGUCCAUUUAAAUGCCUUGAUUUAACUUAUAUUUCCGUUUUAUUGGAACAAGGUUUUGGUUUACCUGUCAAAACAUCAGUUUCUUUAUUGAAUACUAUUGACGGGCAUGAAAUAAGCUGGGCACUUGGAGCAGCUUACCAUAUUUUACAAAAUGGACUUUAAUUCAAACUGCCAUUUUAAAAAAGAAAAAUAACUUUGGUGAUUGAAGAUCAAAAAUUUAGUUUAAAUUCUAUUGCCUUAUUGUUCGUGUCUAUUCUUUAAUUUUUCACAAUUCAAACAAUGUACUUGUUAAUACUAUCACAAAAAUAAUAAGUUGCAUUUUCAAUUUUUUAUUUUUUAUUAUUUAUGUACUUGUUAUUUUAUAUAUGUUUCAACAAAUUAUUUUGUUUGAAAUACUUGUAUUGUAGAUUAAAAUGUUUUCAACAUUAUAGUGAUAAUGAUUUGUACCAUUUAUCAUUAAUUGUGAGUUUUCUAUGAACAUAAUAUUUUGUAUUUUAUCGCCAUUAUUAUCUACUUAAUUGUUUGAUUUAAUAAAGUUGUAGUUGAAUAAUUU